AUGCAAUUAUUUAUUUCAAGUAGCAAGUGGCCAGGCUCGCGCGUGGCUUCCAAUGCAGAGGAGUCGCGUGGUGAGUGGUAUAUCUGGGGAAGUUUGAUUUGGGAAAUGAACAAAGGACAGUCACCUGAGCCUCUUGAUUUCUUCAUCUGGACUGUUGAGGAUGUUGGCUUGUGGUUAGAGACUAUAAAUCUUGGUAGUUACCGCCAAAUUUUUAAAGAAAAUGGUGUUAAUGGAGAAUACCUGGAAGGCAUGUCCAUGUUUACGACUGAACAGAUCCUACGUUUUAUAAGACGUUGCCACAUGAAGUGGGGAGACUUCAUCACAUUGUGCAAGGAAUUGAGACGGAUUAAAGACAAACAGAAGAUUAUCAGAGGAAUCAUUCGUGGCUUGUCUGAAAGGGGAGCAGAAGGUGCGGCGGCCAUGGUGGGCACCAGCAUGCCUAUCCACAGUGUUCUUAAAGGUUGCAAAAUCCAACAGACAAUCAAGAGUUGUUUCCUUGAAGCUGGAACCAUGAUACGAUAA